AUGUCCCGAGCCCUGGCCAUCUUGGCGGGCUCAGGGGAACGCCACCCGCACCACUCGCGCACCACUCGCGCACGCGCCGCAUGGCGCACGUCGUCCCUCGUAUGCGUGCUCGGGUUGCAGGGUUUGCGCCGUCCCUCGUCCCCCCUCGUCACGAGUCCACCGUCGCCGCGCUUCCCCCGUCGCCACGCGUAUCCCCUCGUCGCGCCUCCCCCCUCGACGCGCAUCCUCCCUCGCCGCGCCUCCGCCCUCAUCGCGCGUCUCCCCUUAGUCGCUGCCUCCCGUUGCCUCCAUGUUCCACGCCCUUCGCUCCUCCCUUCGCCCUUACGCCAGUCCCUCACGUCAACGGACGCUCGCUCCGUGAUGUCUCGCCCGUCCCUUCGCGUCUCGCCCGUCGCUUCGCGUCUCGCCCGUCGCAUGGCGUCUCGCCCGUCGCAUGGCGUCUCGCCCGUCGCAUGGCGUCUCGCCCGUCGCAUGGCAUCUCGCCCGUCGCUUGGCGCCUCGCCCGUCGCUUGGCGUGUCGCCCGUCGCUUGGCGCCUCGCCCGUCGCUUGGCGCCUCGCCCGUCGCUUGGCGUGUCGCCCGUCGCAUGGCGUCUCGCCCGUCGCUUGGCAUCUCGCCCGUCGCUUGGCGCCUCGCCUGUCGCUUGGCGCCUCGCCCGUCGCUUGGCGUGUCGCCCAUGACAUGGCGUAUCGCCCGUCGCUUGGCGUAUCGCCCGUCGCUUCGCGUCUCGCCAGUCUUGCUCGCGCUGACGUGCGAUACUUCCGCGCGUCCCCUCGUCGCGCGCCUCCCAUCUCCACUCGCCUACCAUCCCGCGCGUCCCACUGGCGUCGCGCUCGUAGCCGUUGCAUCGUCGCUGCCUCCCGUCGUCGCGCGACCCACUGUCGUCGCCUGUCUCGCUCGCGCUGCCGCGGGAUGA